AUGGAUCGCAACCAAUUUCGUGAUGCGGCUCACUCAGCCAUUGAUGACAUCGUCAAGUACUUCGAUACAGUCCCCGAGCGAAGAGUUCUCCCCGCCGUCGACCCCGGAUAUCUUCGUCCUCUGAUCCCCGAGAACCCUCCCGAUGAGCCAGAAGACUGGGCCCAGAUUCAGGAAGAUGUUGACACAAAGAUCAAACCCGGCUUGACCCAUUGGCAAUCCCCGAACUUCAUGGCAUACUACCCAGCCAGCGUCACAUACCCCAGCAUUCUAGGCGAGAUGUACUCGGCUACCUUCACCGCACCAGCAUUCAACUGGCUCUGUUCUCCAGCAUGUACAGAAAUGGAAACCAUCGUGAUGGACUGGGUUGCCAAGGCCCUAGCAUUGCCCGAAUGCUUCCUAAGCACAUCCGAGACACAUGGUGGAGGUGUAAUCCAGAACAGUGCCAGUGAUGCAAUCGCGACGAUUAUCGUCGCUGCACGAGAGAGGCGUGUUCGGGAGGUCUUGCUUGCAGAGGGUCUGAAAGAGGGUACGCCCGAGUAUGAAGACCGGAAGUUCGAUGUCCAGGGCAAGCUCGUUGCCAUUGCCAGUGAUCAAACCCACAGCAGCGGAGCUAAGGGAGCUCUAAUUGCUGGUACUCGCUUCCGUAGCGUGACUGCCAGGCUAGAAGAUAACAUGGAGAUGACUGGACCGCGUCUCCGGGAGGUCCUUGAGAAGUGUGAUAAGGAUGGACUUACCCCGUAUCACCUUACUAUGACCAUGGGUACUACCAACUCCUGCAGUGUGGAUCGCUUUGCAGAGCUCAAGGCUGUACUGCAGGAGAAGCCCCACUGGCAGCGCAUCUGGGUGCACAUCGAUGCCGCUUAUGCUGGUGCUUCGCUUGUCGCGGAUGAGUGGCAGUAUAUUGCAAAGGACUUUGCGGAGGGUGUUGACAGUUUCAACAUGAACAUGCAUAAGUGGCUGCUAGUCAACUUUGAUGCCAGUGUCCUCUACGUUCGGAAUCGCUUGGAUCUCACUAAUGCCCUUGAUAUCACACCAACCUACCUGCGCAACCCAUACUCCGACAUGGGCACAGUGAUUGAUUACAGAAACUGGUCAAUUUCCCUCGGUCGUAGAUUCCGCGCAUUGAAGAUCUGGUUCGUCAUGCGAAGCUACGGUCUCAACGGCAUGAAAGCGCAUAUCCGCAAGACGAUCGGCUUUGGUGAUAUCUUUGCCGACUUGGUGCGCAGUCGCUCUGAUCUGUUUGAGAUUGUGACGAAGCCCGGUUUCGCUUUGACUGUUUUCCGUUUAAGAAACCCUCAAUCUUCAUUUAACGGGGCUAAUGGCACAUCUGAGCGCGCUGUUCAGGAUAAAGGGGCUGAUACUCUGACUAAGAAAGUGUAUGAGUUGAUCAACUCGCGAGGAGAGAUCUUCAUCACAUCCACUGUCAUUGAUGGUGUUUAUGUGAUCCGUGUUGUGAGUGCCAAUCCUCUAGCUGAGGAAAAGAACGUUCGCAAUGCAUUUGAUAUUGUGCUUCGCACCACCGAAGAGGUGCUGCAGCAAAAGUGA